UUCUCUGUUCCUCCCACAGGGCUCGGGUGUAAUCAAGGCAGGUUUUGCAGGUGACCAGAUACCGAAGUACUGUUUUCCAAACUAUGUGGGCAGACCAAAGCACGUUCGUGUCAUGGCUGGUGCUUUAGAAGGGGACAUUUUCAUUGGGCCAAAAGCAGAGGAGCACCGAGGUCUGCUCUCGAUCAGGUACCCCAUGGAACAUGGCAUAGUGAAGGACUGGAAUGACAUGGAGCGCAUCUGGCACUAUGUGUAUUCGAAAGACCAGCUUCAGACUUUCUCAGAAGAGCAUCCUGUGCUCCUGACGGAGGCUCCCCUGAACCCACGGAAGAACCGAGAGCGAGCUGCUGAGGUUUUCUUUGAGACCUUCAACGUGCCAGCACUUUUUAUCUCCAUGCAAGCGGUGCUCAGCCUUUACGCUACAGGGAGAACCACAGGGGUGGUGCUGGACUCCGGGGAUGGCGUUACCCAUGCGGUUCCUAUUUACGAAGGGUUUGCUAUGCCUCACUCCAUUAUGCGGAUCGAUAUCGCUGGCCGCGAUGUAUCCCGCUUCCUUUGCCUCUAUCUCCGGAAAGAAGGCUACGACUUUCACACAUCAUCAGAGUUCGAGAUCGUCAAAACCAUCAAAGAGCGUGCCUGUUACCUGUCAAUAAACCCCCAGAAGGACGAGACGUUAGAGACCGAGAAAGCCCAGUACUACCUGCCAGAUGGAAGCACUAUUGAGAUCGGCCCUGCCCGUUUCCGAGCCCCCGAGUUACUGUUCCGGCCUGACCUGAUUGGAGAAGAGUGCGAGGGGCUGCACGAGGUGUUGGUGUUCGCGGUUCAGAAAUCGGACAUGGACCUGAGGCGAACGCUCUUCUCCAACAUUGUGCUGUCCGGGGGCUCCACGCUCUUCAAAGGCUUUGGAGACCGGCUCUUGAGCGAAGUGAAGAAACUAGCACCCAAGGACGUCAAAAUAAGGAUAUCUGCUCCUCAGGAGAGAUUAUAUUCCACGUGGAUCGGUGGCUCUAUUCUGGCCUCGUUGGACACCUUUAAGAAAAUGUGGGUUUCAAAGAAGGAAUACGAAGAAGAUGGAGCCCGUGCCAUCCACCGAAAAACCUUCUAGCCCUGGGACCCGUCCUACACUCGCUUUUCUGAGUCCGAGUGUCUGUGAGGAGCUGCGUGUGUGUGUGCGUGCCGAGCAUGGCCCCAGAAUGUCAUGGAGCAAAGAGGAGGAGAAGGAUUAGAUCACUACUUCUUUUUUUUUUUUUUUUUUAAUUUUAAACUGUAGGAGGAAAAAUAACCAGGCCCCAUUUCUCCGGUUGGACCCAUUCCUUUUACCUUCACUCCUCUCGCGGCCACGUCUGUCACUCUAGAGAAAGGGAAUGGCUUAGAAAUGGAACAGCUGGACAGAAGGGAUCUGACCACUGUAGUCACGUAGCCUAAGACUCCAAACCCUGGUGUGUCCUUCCCCUCCGGCACUCCACAGCACUGGCUGCUUCGCCCUUCGUGGGUGCCCAGCAGUGAGUGUCUCUUGCUGGCCAGUUCAUCUUUUUUUGUCCAUAUAUUUUUAUACAGAAAAAACACAUUGGGAGCAGUUACAACUCCCCCUCCCCCCCCCUUUUUGUUUUG